GCUUUAGACACCAUUGAUUUCACAAUGGGCUCCAUUAGUGAAGCAAAUGCAGAAUUUGCUUUUGAUGUAUUCAAAGAGCUGAAAGUCCAUCAUGUCAAUGACAACAUCUUCUACUCCCCCCUGAGCAUCAUUUCAGCCCUGGCCAUGGUCUAUCUGGGAGCAAGAGGUAACACUCAGUCUCAGAUGGAGAAGGUUCUUCACUUUGAUAAUGUUACAGGAGUUGGAGAUGCUAUUGACUCCGAGUGUGGCACUUCUGAAUACAUCCACAGUGCAUUCAAGGAUCUUCUCUCAGACAUCACCAUGCCGAAUGCUACAUACUCACUGAAGAUGGCUGACAAACUCUAUAUUGAAAAAACAUAUCCCAUUCUUCCGGAAUACUUGAAGUGUGCAAAGAAAUUCUACAAAGCAGGGCUGGAAGAAGUUGACUUCAAAACAGCUGCAGAGGAAGCAAGACAGCUCAUUAAUUCCUGGGUGGAGAAAGAGACAAAUGGACAGAUCCAAGAUUUUCUUGUGGCAGGCUCUGUUGAUCCGGAUACUGCACUGGUCCUUGUGAAUGCCAUUUAUUUCAAAGGGAUAUGGAAGACAGCAUUUAAAGAAGAACACACUCGGGAAGUGCCCUUCAAUGUGACAGAGCAAGAAAGCAGACCUGUGCAAAUGAUGUGUCAGAACAGUACCUUCAAAGUGGGAGUGGUGCCUUCAGAGAAAAUUAAGAUCCUGGAGCUGCCAUAUGCCAGUGGAAAGCUGAGCAUGUUGGUGCUGUUGCCUGAUGACGUCUCUGGUAUGGAGCAGCUUGAGAAAAAAAUCAACUUUGAUAAAUUUACUGAGUGGACCAGUCCCAGCGUGAUGGAAAAAAAGAAAGUGAAAGUGUACUUCCCGCGCAUGAAGAUUGAGGAAAAAUACAACCUCACAGGUGUCUUAAAGGCCUUGGGUAUGACCGACUUGUUCAGCCCUUCGGCCGAUCUGUCUGGCAUCUCUUCAGCAGAGAGCCUGAAGAUAUCUGAGGCCAUCCACAAAGCAUUCAUGGAAGUCAAUGAAGAGGGCACUGAGGCUGCUGGCUCAGCAGAUAUGAUGGGAGACAUCCAACAAUCUUCUGAGUUUGAAGAGUUUAGGGCUGACCACCCUUUCCUUUUCUUCAUCAAAUACAAUCCAACCAACAUGAUCCUCUUCGUUGGUAAAUAUUGUUCUCCCUAA